GCUCCCGUUCCUCGAUGCGAUUUCAGCGCUGCUGCUCCUCACUUUGUCCAUCCAACCCCGGAUUCCAUCCCAUCCAUAUCUGAAGUGCAUUGACGCUGAUACACCUACGGCGACACGACACUCACAGCUGCACACACGCAGGCACGCACUCGCAACGCACACCAAGUCGCACACACGCACACGCACACGCACACGCACAGGUAUUUGCCCCUCAAUCAUAGACCAUGUCCAAGGUCAAGGUCCAAUCCGUCGAGUCGGCGCGCGAGCAAAUCGUCGACAUGCUCUCGUCGCUCGGCGAAGAUGAGUCGCCCGGUUUUAGCAAGUGGGCGCUCGACAAGGACAGCGUCGAGCUCCUGCACGUCUCUCGAUCCGAGGAUGGCAAACAGGGCAAGAUUGUCGUCGAGAUGCUCGUAACAGAGCGGAUGAGCAACCAAUUGGGUAACAUGCACGGUGGCUGUCAAGCAACGGUGCUGGACAACAUGACGAGCAUGGUCAUCUACCUCCAUACGACGGGCAUCCUCGGCGACCCAUGGUCGAUGCUCGGCGUCUCGCAGUCGAUUCAGAUCCUGUACACGCAGCCGGCGCCCGUGGGGCAGUACAUCGACAUUGAGUGCUCGACCAUCAGCAUCGGAAAGAGCAUUGCCGUCAUUCAGUGCAACAUGUACACAAAGGACAAGAAGGGCGGAAAGCGACUGCGAUUGACCAGCAGCGGCACGCACACAAAGGUCGACAACUCCGCCUCAAAACUCUAGCUGAGGCUAUGUUGCUGCUACUUCCGCCGCUGCAAUACCCUUUCAAUUCUAGUGCGACAAGGCUGAUUGGCAUAGACCUAGAGAUCCGAUUUCAGAAUGGGGCGAGAGAUAAGACAAAAGCUGAUCAUGAAGUGCGAGACCCGUUACAAAUAAAGAU